UUGUGUCAUCAUGUUCUUCCGUCACUUCCCACAGUAGGGUUACUCAAACAGCAGAAAUAGAAUGACACUCAAUAUGGCCGCCAGACAGUCCACCCAUCAGGGAACGUUGACUCAAACGUCAUAACUUCCUGUGCCAUGGACAAUGUCAGCUCAACAUUUCUCAGGCACAUUAGCGCUGGAUGCUGUCAAUUGCUAGCAUUAACCCCUAAGCAGAUCUCAGCCCAGGUUAACCAGGCUUUACUGUGCUCAUGUGAGGGAGAUUAACUCAUGCUAAUACUAAAGCCCAUUGAUAGAGGCCUCCUUUUGGAUUGUAGAUUGGCGUACGCCCUGGAUUAAACCUCAUUCGUAAGGUAGCUAUUUGGUAGUCUUGCGAGCGAAUGGUGUUUUUGUUGGCAAGUCAUGGUUGUGAGAUCAUCCACCCCUCUUCUCCCCAGAGUGGAACGUUCCGCAUGGUGUCGGAAGAAGAGCAGGCUCUCAGGGCCAAGCUGGAGCGCCUCACGGUCAAGGACCACGGUCCCGUGUUCGGACCCUGCGCCAAGCUGCCUGACCACACCGUGCAGAAGGCCAAGGACGAGCUGAACGAGACAGACGAAAAGCGGGCGUUGGCAGUCAAGGAGCUGAGGGGAAUCAUCAAGGAGAAGGCAGAGGCUGAGGACGACCUGGCCAAAGGGGUGCUGGAAACCUUUGGAGAGAAGCCCGACGGCAUGCUGGUCCGCUUCAUUCGCGCCAGGAAAUACGACGUACCCCGAGCCUUCGACCUAAUGAAGGGAUACGUGCGCUUCAGGAGGGAUUACCCGGAGUUGUUCGAGAACCUGACCCCGGAGGCUGUCCGCAGCACCAUCGAGGCCGGCUACCCAGGCAUCCUGUCCAGCAGAGACAAGUACGGCCGCAUCGUUCUGCUCUUCAACAUCGAGAACUGGGAUUACGAAGAGAUCACCUUCGAUGAGAUCUUGCGUGCCUACUGUGUAAUCCUGGAGAGCCUGCUGGAGAACGAGGAGACUCAGAUCAACGGUUUCUGCAUCAUUGAGAACUUCAAGGGCUUCACCAUGCAGCAGGCCUCAGGCAUCAAACCCACUGAGCUCAAGAAGAUGGUGGACAUGUUGCAGGACUCCUUCCCUGCCCGUUUCAAGGCUGUCCACUUCAUCCACCAACCCUGGUACUUCACCACCACCUACAACGUGGUCAAGCCCCUCAUGAAGGGCAAGCUGCUGGAGAGAGUGUUUGUCCACGGAGACGAGCUGGACAACUACUACAAGGAGUUUGACGCGGACAUCCUGCCCUCCGAGUUCGACGGCAAGAACUCCAAGUACGACGGCAAAGCCAUAGCAGCCAAGCUGUUCGACUGAACACCCCUCUUCCCCAUCCGCAACAUCUCCAUCUAGACACACACACCGCCAGACAGACUCUGGAGAAA